AUGAAAGUAAAGAUUUCGCAUAUCCUGGUCGAUAUACUGGGAAGCAAGGAUUAUUUAAAAGAUAACUUGGGCAAUAUUAGGACUAUUCUAGUUGGCCUCCUUGGUGAGGAGGGUCUUAUAGAAAGAAAUGUUAUGGUGACUUUGAUGGUUCAUGAAGCAUUUGCAAUGGUUGGAUUACCUAAGAAGCAUGAAGUUGAAGGAAAGAUCAAUCUUGAAGAAGGGCUAAUGGCUGUUUUUAACAGAUCUAACUCAAAACAUCCUUUUGCAGCUCCUCACAACUCAGUCUCAUGGGGAUCAGCACAAUUUUCACAUGGAGUUCUUUGAGAAAAAGUUCUCAAUCUAGAAGAAGAUGAGGAAAUAAAGCUUGAGGAAGAUUAUAUUGAACUUACACAAGAGCUCGAUGAUGAGUACAUUGAAAGGACACUUAGAUCUCAUGGCAACUUAUUACUCAACUUCUACUGCUACGUCCUAUGUACAGUCUUAAAGAGUCAAUUAGAUUUGGGCAAAGAUGGACCAAAAUGCUUUGACUUUUUGCAAUUUUUUUCGUCUCUCUUUGAGUCAGAGGAACAUUCUAAGAAAGUCUUCUCACAGCAGAAUUACUUAGACUAUGUAGAAUACUUUGGUCAAGUAAAGAGCAGCAGCGAAGGACAAGAUGAAGCUCUCUCUAAUCAGCUCCAAAUGCUCAAGGAUGACAUCUGUGACCUUAUUUUAGGAUUUAUUGAGGAUGGAAAAGAUUUGGCUGAGGAACUACUGAUCCAGCUCAUUGCUCAUGCUAAUCAAACUGUUAGAUCGGAAGCUAUUAAGUACCUAAAUUGCCUUUAUGACGAGACUAUUUGGAAGAUAGAGAUUCCAACAACAACUGAGGUGAAGCUAACUGGAGAGAAGAUUAUCGUUAAAUUUACCCCUUCGAUAGAUUCUACAGCCUAUUAUAUUUCACUAAAUUUCCCAAAUGGAAGCAAAACUGAUAUCUCUUGGCACAGAAUUACAGAAAAUGCCGAAGCUGGGAAAGAGAUCGUACUUGAUCUUGGAACAUUCGAGAAAUGAGGGUUCUACGAUUACAAGAUUGUGCGGCUUAAUGCUAACAAUAUUGAAAAUGUUCAAAGCCAUAGGUUCAUUGUUCAUAAUGAGUUCAUUAAACAUGCCAAUUUUCAUGAGAUAGUAGUAGAUCUUUUUAAAGCCACUAAGGAUCUCUACACUGGAGCUUUGACUAGUAGGGGGAACCUUAGAAAGGUGAGAGAUCAUUUGAACUACUUCACUGAAAGAGGAAUAGAUGCUCUCCAUGUCUCAGGUAUUCACAAACGAGCCCAUGAUGACCCUUACUCUAUUGCAUCAAGAACUAAAAUUGAAGAUUGAAUUGGAGGGGAAGAAGAAUUUAAGCAAACACUAGCAGAGAUGCAUGGAAAGGAGAUUAAACUCAUAGUAGACUACUUUGAUAGAGUCGGUUCUGUUAAUAUCUCUAAGAAAUACAGAGAGUUGUUGAAUAACCAUAUUGAUGAGAAAAACUAUUUCACAGUUUGUCAUGGAACAAGUGGUAAAUCUAAUUUUUCUUACAGUAACUCUUCCAUUUUGAACUAUCGUAAGAAGAAAGCAUGGGACCUCCUAAUCGGUGAAGCUGUUGAAUUCGUUACUAAGUAUAACAUUGAUGGCCUGAGCUUGGAUAACUGUGAUCUUUGGCCAAGUCUAAAGCUGAUAGAUUAUGAAGAAAUGUAUGGCAUUGAUGCAGAUGGGCAGCCAAAAUAUACUGCUGAUGAGAUACUGUCAGGACAUGUUAUCGAUUCCCAUAAGGAUCUCUUACUCUGGGGAGACUGUGGAGAAUGCCCCAACCCUAUCCUUAUCAAACUUAUGAAAACUCUGUGGAAGCAUUUCCCAAAUCUAAUGGUUAUUGGAGAGUGCUGGAAAGAAGGAAGCGAGAAAAUAGUAGAACUUUCUGGGGUUGUCCCAAGAAGCCAUGCAAUGGUUAAAAAUAUCACAGAAGAUAUCCUAACUCGAUCAGCUGGAAAGAAAGCCAACUUUGAUCACUUCAAGUAUAACGAUGAGUUCAUGAAAGACUCAUGUAAGGGAUCAAUUCUAUUGCAAAGCACAUUCGUGCAUUCCUCACACAGUUUGAUGAAGAGCUUCCAUAAUUCAUACUUGACGAUUCUGGAUACGCUUUUCUUCCAUGAAGUAGUCCCAAUAACUAUGCAUGAAGAGAUUGAGGGCAAGGACAGCGAGACUGAGAUGUUCAUUCAGUAUUUCAGACCUGAUUUCAGGGAGAUGCACGCCUCGUAUCAUCACACCAAAGCAAAAAUUCCUGAGGAAACAAAGAUCCUGAGUGAAGAAGAGCAGGAACUAAAACAUAUUGAAGAGCAAAAGAGUAGAGAGCAGUUCUCGAAAAAUAUUGUAAAGAGGCUUAAGAGAGCAAGAGAACUCAGAAGUGAGAAAAUUUCACUCAGGAAUGGAGUAAAUGUCGCCCUUAAGUGAGUCAACCAAUUUGGUGAUGUUAAGACUGUCCUUGCUUAUGCAAGAUAUACAGACUCACAAGUUGCCAUUAUUAUUUCGAACUUUGAAGAUGAUAACAAGGCUGUUUGGGUAGAUUUCACACCUUUGAAAACUUUAAUGAAGAAGCAGUUCCACAAUGAAUCUACUCUUAUCAAACUAGAAUAUUGGGAUAAAGAGGCAGAGACUGAAUAUCACCUUCUCAACGAAUUUAUUUUUUGCCCAAAGAAGUUUACCGUUGAUGCUCAUGAAACAGUUACUUUGGAGGUGCAAGUGGAGGAGAACCCAGAGACUCAUCAUGAGAUUUACAUCAAAGCUAGACAGAAAUUCAUGGAAAAUUUGGAACUGGUCAGCAAAGCCACUCAUAUGGAAGCAUCUAAUAUUUACAUGAAGUACAUCCAAAAUUUGGGAGAAUGUUAUCACAUUCAUUGUGCUGAAGAGUACACCUUUAGUGAAGAGGAUGAGGAUCUCAAAGAUUUCCAUGACCUUAUCUCUAAAGAUCAAAAUGUUCUGGCUAUCAUUCAGAAGAUCGUAGAGAAAAAUAAAAUGGGGCCAAUCUGCUUUGUCACACCUGAGCUAGCUCCAUGGUUUAAGAUCGGAGGUCUAGCAGUCAUGGUUGAUGAGCUUGCAACAGGAUUUGCCAAACUAGGAGAGGACACUUAUAUUAUAGUUCCUUAUUUCGAUAAGAAGAAGAAUACUGGUGAACAAAUCUUUUUGGACCCAGACGGUACAUAUGGAAUCAAGUAUUUGAAAAAUAUCAGCCUUAAUCUUGGAAGCAUUCAUGAGACAUUUGGAAUCCAUUAUGGAGUAAUCAAGAAUGUUAAAGUAUACUUUAUUCAUCAGCCUUUCCACUUCUUUGAACCUUAUCCAGGAGACAAUAAUGAAUUCAAGCUGAAAUCCUGUGCUUUAUUCUGUAAAGCAGCUUUGCAGGUUCUCUGUGAAUUUAAGAUAAUCCCAGAAGUUAUUAUAACAAAUGAUUGGUUCACUGCAUUCACUCCUGGAUAUGCAAGAGAUCAGAAGCACUUUGGAACAGCUUUCAGUGGUACAACCUUUUGCCAUAUCUUCCAUAACCUUGAUGUAACUUAUGAAGGAAGAUUCUAUACGAGUCCUGGAGAAACGAUGGAGCAUAUCCAUAAUCUUCCAAAUGACUGGUUGAUUGAUCCUUAUUGGUCUGAUCACAUCAUCAAUCCUUCAAGAUGUGCUCUGAUUGCUUCUGAUCAAUGGUCAAGUGUAUCAAAAUCUUAUAGGGACCAAAUUCUGCAGGUAUCUCCUUUAAAGCCAUUGCUAAAUAAAUUCUCGCAUCCAUUCGCCUGUUCAAAUGGAGUUGACGUCAAAGAUAGAAUGAAGGAUCUGGCAGCUCAGUUGAAAAAGAGAGGUCUCAAACAUAUGGAUCAUCUUGAUUCGAAGAGAUUCCUAAUGGAGAAAUAUCUUAACACUCCAGAAGUUGACCCUGACCUCUGUAUUUUCUCAUUCGUUGGAAGAAUUACAGAACAGAAAGGAGUUGAUGUAAUCUGCUCCGUUGUUGAGCAGUUCCUUUAUGAGACUAACUUCAAAGCAGCCUUUAUUGUCGGAGGACCUGCUGCUAAGGGUGAUCCUCACGGUGCUCAUGUAAAUGAAGCAUGCAAGUACUUGAAGAAUAAAUUCCCACAUAACUUUCAUGGUGACCCUGAAAGCUUCUUCUAUGAUGUCCCUGUUUUAUCCCUUGGCUCAAAUUACUGCUUAAUGCCUUCUAGAUUCGAGCCAGGAGGUAUAGUCCAGCACGAAUUCUUUAUCGCUGGAACUCCAGCAGUAGUAUUUGCCACAGGUGGGCUCAAGGACUCGGUGACAGAAUACAGUUACCAAACUGGUAAAGGAAAUGGAUUUGAGUUCCUAAAUUAUUCUAGAGAAGAUCUUCUACAAGCACUGCAUAGAGCUUACCAGGCUUUUGAGAACAAAGAUGCCUACAGAAGACUCAGAAAGAACGCUUUUGAAUCAGCAAUUGAUGUUGCUAAUGUUAGUAAAGAAUGGUGCAGCGAAGCUUACAGAAUCAGAGGAAAAGUCUUUGUCAACAAGGCAAAACUUCUACAAGAUCUUGAGAAAUCAAAGAAAGAAAGCAUUGAUGAAAUGCUUCCUCAUGAUACAACUCAUGAAGAAGAAAAGGACGAAAUCUUGAGGGAAAUCGACUUUAAUUACAAAGGAAAGUCGACAGACAAGGUAUAUCUAGUUGGUUCCUUCAAUGACUGGAACAAGAGGGAGAACAGAAUGAGUUAUAAUCAUAGUACCAAGAACUUCCACUGCAGCAUCAAUGUUUUGUCCGGAACUUAUACCUUUAAAAUCUUCGUCAAUGGACAGUGGGUUCUUGAUCCUAAGAAGAGCAAAGUGAUUGAUGACAAUGGAGAAGAAGUAUCCGUAUUAGAAGUUCAAUAAUUU